AUGCACCAGCAACAGAUGCUAGGCUCCCAGGUUCGCAUCCUUAGGCCAAGCUGAGCGCCUGAAGAAGGGAGAAGGAACCAGAGAAGGGCCCGGAAGGCGGGGACGGGAGGUGUGGAGAUCCCCCCUAAAAGGCAGAAGCCCCCGCCCCCACCGGAGAGCUCCGCGCCUGCAGACCUCUGCCUGCCUGCCGCCGCCGCUGCAGGCGCCCGUCUCUCCCCAGCCAUGCCAGCCCUGGCCGCGGGUCGGGGGAAGGUCCCCUUCUGCAACGCCACGGAGGAAAGCCGUGCGGGAGUCGAGGACUCGGAGAGCGGCGGCGGCCCGGAGAGGCCGGGCGCACGCGAGCAGCGGCAGAACAUCGUUUGGAGGAACGUUGUCCUGAUGAGCUUGCUCCACUUGGCCGCUGUGUACUCCCUGGUGCUCAUCCCCAAAGCCAAGCUGCUCACACUGCUCUGGGCCUACUUCUGCUUCCUCUUGACUGCGCUGGGUGUGACAGCUGGUGCCCAUCGCUUGUGGAGCCACAGGUCCUAUAAGGCCAAGCUGCCUCUGAGGAUAUUUCUGGCUGCCGCCAACUCCAUGGCUUUCCAGAACGACAUCUUCGAGUGGUCCAGGGACCACCGAGUCCACCACAAGUACUCGGAGACCGACGCCGACCCGCACAACGCCCGCCGGGGCUUCUUCUUCUCCCACAUCGGGUGGCUGUUCGUUCGGAAGCAUCGAGAUGUCAUCGAGAAGGGGAGAAACCUUGACGUCACUGACCUGCUGGCUGACCCUGUGGUCCGGUUCCAGAGAAAGUACUAUAAGAUCUCCGUGGUGCUCAUGUGCUUCAUGGUCCCCACACUGGUGCCCUGGUGUGUCUGGGGAGAGAGUCUGUGGAACUCCUACUUCUUGGCCUCCAUCCUUCGCUAUGCCAUCUCACUCAAUGUCACCUGGCUGGUCAACAGUGCCGCCCACAUGUAUGGAAACCGGCCCUAUGACAAGCACAUCAGCCCUCGGCAGAACCCACUGGUCACACUGGGCGCCAUCGGUGAAGGCUUCCACAAUUACCAUCACACCUUUCCCUUUGACUACUCUGCGAGUGAAUUUGGCUUAAAUUUCAACCCAACCACCUGGUUCAUUGAUAUCAUGUGCUGGCUGGGGCUGGCCACUGACCGCAAACGGGCAACCAAGCUGAUGAUCGAGGCCCGGAAAGCCAGGACUGGAGAUGGCAGCGCUUGAUCCUGGAACCGCCAUCAUCCAACAUGCCUGGCGAUGACACCUUGGUUCAUGCCUUCUGUUUCUAUAGUUUUCUUGCUCAUUGGAUCAUGGGAAGGGUAGAGGGUGGGAGGGAGUGGAAUGUAUGUGGUUUGGAAAUUUUUUGUUUGUCUCAAAGUCAAGCUACAGCUAUCAAUGAAAAAAAUUUUUAAGUCAAUGUAACAAUGAUUUAACAUUAGUUGGUGGACAUGUGAUUUAAUCGCUGUAGCUACAACAUGUCAAACAUACAUUGUCAUGUGCUUUACCUAAUGUUAACCCUGACAGGAUGAAGGAAUUUAAUAUUCUUUCAGUAUGAUUCAGGAGAGCAUUUUCUUUUCUACCAAUUAACCCAGCAUUAUUUUUAAACAUACUAUCUGAAGGAACAGAGAGGCAGGAUAGCAGACAAAAGAGGGGGUCUAAGUAGUAACUAAAGAAUGUUUCUGUUUUGUAAUUAGUGUGUGUUUUUGUUGUUUUUUUUUAACUUAGAGAAUUGAACAUUUAAAAAAAAUGAGAAUACAGGAAAUGGCUUUCUCGCCCCCCGCCCCCCCGUUUACAGCUUGUUGAUGUUCCACUGUCUGCUUCAAGAGAAGUCUGUUCAUGGCCCAGCUAGUUUUGUGUCCCAAGUGGUACGCCCAGCCAACCCUAUAAAUCAGUGCCUAGUUAGGUGUUUGAUUUUAUUCUCUUUGCUAUUGUCAUUUUAAAGGUGUAUAACUCAGACGUGCAAGAUAUCAAAUUAAGCUGAAAUUAAGCUUUCAUUUCAAUGUUUAGAUACAUAAUUUAUACUCCAGUUGAUCCCAGCCACUGAUGCAUGUACUUUAGCUGCUUCUGCUAAAUAAGCAUAUUAAUUUCCACACCAGGCCAUCAGAUCCUAAUAACUGACAGUUAUCUAGAACUCAGUGUCUACUAAUGUUUCACCUGCAUGCGGCUUUCAUUGAUUUUGCAGCAAAAUAUAAAGUGAUCAUUAUGUAUCUUCUCGAUUAAAAAUUUCUUAUGUGUUAAGUUGCCUUGUAAAGAGCAUGUUGAAUUAAUGGGACAGUGUGCCCUUUGUGUUAGAUGUUAGAGCAAAAGAAAGGCUUAUAGUAUUGGCAUUGGAGCCCUUCAAAGAUAGAUCUUUUUAGGAAAGAUGUAGGAUUUAAAAUUAAAAUUUUAAAUUUUUGAAGAAACGAUACCAAUAGGAGAUUGUCAUAAUGAAGUUCUUCAUCCAGCAGGUGUUAAACAGUGUUAUUUUGCCAUUAAAAAUGUAUAAACUAUGAGUGAUUUACAAUAAAUGAUUAUGGAUUUGUUGGUGUUCUUGAACCAGA